UGCAUGAUUGCUGACGAACACGGCGAGCGGAGUCCGAGUGGAAUGAUGAGGUCCUUUGCACUGCACGUUAUAGCACUCAGUAUUUGCAUUUUUGCUAACAACUUUGAGCAUUCUUCUAGUACUUCCACGGAAGAUGAGACCCCUACAUUGGAAGAUCUACAACAGAUGUUGAGCACUGAAGAAAAAAUCUGGUUGACGAUGGCCACUUACGAUACUAAACCGCGGAACUGCAUCUACUGGGAAAAAAACUGGCUGAACAGCACCGAUUACGACUUCUAUUAUGGGAGUAAAGUGACAGAAAGUGAUUCAAACAGAGGAGUAUCGACAGGAAAGACACAUAAACUUGCGAAGAUGGGAUACUUAGACGAGGUUCCUUAUCCAGUGAUGAUAAUCAGAGGCCACGAGGAGGAAGAAGAACAAGCGAAAGUUUACCUGCUCCCUUACUGGUUAGAGUCUGAGAAAUGCUUCAUAUUAUUAAACCAAGAUGGCGAAUGUGAACAAUACACCUGGGAGUCGAUGAUAUCGAAGAGGCACGAGUGUAACAAAGUGUUUUUUGACACAUGUGGUCCUUGGAACUACCCGGUUUUUAAGCCAAGCUGCCUUGAUUCAUAAGCACUCUAUACAAUUCAGUAGCCUGUGCUGAUGCAGAUACGCGACACAAAAUAAAUUUGCAAGUUUUGAUA